AUCUUCUUUAUUACUUGGAGAUUCACGAGAUUGUUUGUUGCUGCAUUCUAUUCGGGGAGAUUACGAGAGUUUGAUAGAAUCAAAUCCUAGGAAUCUAAGAAGCUAAUCAAAGCAAAAGUGUUAAGAGAGAGCCACAAAAAAAGUAAAAAGACUCCCUAAAACAAGUUUGAUGACUAGCCGAAAAAACACGCAUUGGUGUAAUACUUGUAGACGAGGAAUCCGUCUUCAAGGAGAAGACCUAAGAAGAGGAGGAGCUUGCAUUCACUGCGGUAACACCUUUCUCGAAAGGCUCUGUGAGAAUGUUGAUCUAAACCCGUUUGAUUUAUUCGGUUUAGCCAUUCAAGAAUCUCGUAACCGUCGCGACAACAGAAGAAGAUCGGUUCUUGAAAACCAAUUGAGUUUUCAAGAGUUGUUUAACCGGCUCUCAGCACAAGACCGCCGUGGUCCACCUCCAGCCUCACUAACCGUGAUCAACUCAAUGCCAAAGAUCAAGAUCAGGAAGAAGCAUCUCGGUUUGGAUUCGUGUUGCCCGGUUUGCCAAGACCGGUUUGAAGUCGGGUCGUUUGCAAGAAAGAUGCCGUGUAAACAUAUCUAUCAUUCUGAAUGUAUAGUCCCGUGGCUAGUCCAGCAUAAUUCUUGUCCAGUGUGUCGCAAAGAGCUGCCAGAAGACGGCAAUAAUGGUCGAAAAAAUCCCUUCUUGUAUCUGUGGCCGUUUACAUCCUCUGGUGCGGCCUCAAACUAUAAUGGACCACCUUUUCAUUGAGAUGCUUGUGUAACAAAUCACAAUCCAUGAUAUAUGUUUUAUUUUUUUUGUUUAAUUAGUGAUUUUUAAAAAUUAUAUCGAUGUACAAAGGGUUUUGUAGCUCAGUACGAUUUGUUGCUAUAUGUAAUGCAUAAAUAUUAAGUAAUUUGUAUCGAAAAUUUGGAAUC